UUUCUAAACAUAUACAAACACAAAUACAUACAAAUAUAUGCAAAUACAUUUUCAAUGCUAUGUCAAAGGAUUCAUAUAGCUCUAAUAAUUUUUCGCUAAAAAGAUUAUUAGAUGAACAAACAAAUAGUACUAAUAAAAGGAAAAAGGCAUCUAUUUCACUUUCUAAAUCUCGACCCAUUAGCCCUUCAUCUGUCAUUACUGUAAAACAAGAAAUAAAAAUCAAAACUGAAAAAGUAAAAGCAGACACAAUUGAUGACUAUAUUAUAAAGAAAGAAGAAGAAAUCAAGUUGGAAUCAAAAGACGAUUUGUUGAAUGAUAUUAAACUAGAAACAGUUAAAGAUGAAACUGACAUUUUUGAUCAGAUAAAAUUGGAAGAAGAAUUAGAUACUUUUAUAGAAAAAGAAAACAAGUAUGCCUGUCCUAUUUGCGAUAAAGACUUGACUCUUGUCAAAUCAAGUUACUUUCGACAGCAACAUAUUGAUGAAUGUAUAUCAAAUACUCAAAAUGUAAAGGAGAAAUUAGAAUUUGAUAUUUGCAUCUUUUGUGGUAAAGAUCUAACUCAUCUUGACUCAUUAACUCGAAGACAAGUGCACCUGAAUCGUUGCCUGGAUGAAUCAAUGGUUCCCGAACAGGAGCAGCAACAGCAGCAGCAACAGACUGAAAUUUUUGCAGGUCAAGACAUGCCUCUUCUGGUUACCUUGGAGAUAUGUCCUAUUUGCUAUGAAUCUUUUAUGCAACGUGGACUUCGACAAAAGAUCGUGCAUUUAAAACAAUGUGCUAAACAAAACCAAAUCACUGUUCCUGAAUUAUUAAAAAGGAUACAAUAUCCAAAUGAGGGGAAUGUAUCAAAAACGAAUGAAAUGACUGCACCGACUCCUCAAAGAACACAAUAUCAAUUAGUAGCUACUGGUUAUGAUUUAGAUGAUGAUUUUGAUGAUGAUAAUGAUGAUUUUAGUCGAAAAGUGAUUAUCCAUAAGCAGAGUGUGAGUCCGAUGAGUCAAAAGAAACAAGAUAAAGAAGAUGAAGCCUUUCAAACUGCCUUAGCCCUUUCUCGAUCUUUACAUGAAGAACGACGACAAAAGCAACGACUUUUAAAACGUAGACAAAAAAUGACAGAUGAGAGGGAUUGGAAUGCAGCAAAUAUUUGGUCAGCAGAGGAAAGUUAUUUAAAGGCAAUGGAUAAACUAGAUAAGAUCUUAUUUCCUUCCAACAUGGAUCAUUAUAAACAAGUACAACGUGAAAGAUCAAUAGGACUUUUAGGACCGUCUCGAAUUAAUCACUCAAAUAAUAAUUUCUUUUGGCAUAUAGCUAGCAAUAAGGAGUCAAAUUGGGAUGAUCCCCUAGUAUUCAUGUCUCUAUUCACGCGUAAAUUUAAGGAGUUUUAAAAGCGUUAUUAUAAAGUUACAUUAUGUAAAUUUGCUCCAAUUUUUUUUUUUCUUUUUCUUUUAUUUUUGUAUAUUAAAAAUGAGCCAUCACAGCUAUAAUAAAAAUGUAAGAAAUGGUGUCUAAA